AUGAAGGACAAGAUUCUACAGGAGGUCGAUUACAAUGAGAAAAUCGAGGGUGAUCCUAUUGAAUUAUUGAGACGCAUCAAUAAAUGUAUGACGACCAGUGAUGUGACAGACUGGGAACCCAUUACAUUGUGGGAAGCACUCCAGAAGUGGGUGAAUUGUCGUCAGAAAGGAAAUGAAACGGUGACUGAAUACCGUAAACGAUUCGAAGAAUGCGCAACUACAGUAUUAUCUUUCAUGGGUGAUUUGUGGCUAGAAGUGUUUGCCGCAAAAACGACCGCAUAUCAUGAAAUUGAAAACAAUCACCCGACCAAUGGCUUGUUGGAUAGAGAAAAGAAGCGAGUUGCAGCACAAGUCGAAGAACUUCAACACAAAUUUCAGGACGAAUUUGUGAAACUGUUCUGCGCUGCUGGAUUAUUGCACAACUGUGAUCGUGCACGAUACCAGCCGGUACUUGAUCAUUUUGUUACUGCGUACGCUGUGGAGCACGUGGAUUAUGCUCAGCGAGAUUUAUUCCCGAGAGAUGUGGAAACUGCAGCCAAGGCGCUACACAAUCAUCGGGUGAAGAAACCAACAACACCGAAACAUAACAACAACAACAACACAAAUGAUAAAACGAACACACCACAGAACGGUACUAACCUUGCACAGGAUUACAAUAAGGGGAGUAAGCGUAAAUGUUUUUGCUGUGGUAAGGCGGAUCAUGUUGCACCGCGAUGUGAACAUCGAUUCCUGCCCAAGGAACAAUGGAAAGAUCCAACAAAGUGGAGAUCGUAUCCCAGGACCAAAGCGGGACGCAAGCAGGUGCAUCUCCAGACAGCCACCAAGGAGGGAUCUGUGCAGUCAAGUGUUACAGCUAACACCGCAGGUACACCCGCCAACAAUGAUGGUGGUAUUUCUCAGCAGAACCACAUGCAGACUGGUUUGGCUGACAGGAGUGGUGGACCACAGCCUCGAAAGCAAAAGAUUGGCAUUCAGGGGUGGAAUAUGGCUCAGUUUGGCGGGA